GUUCUGUACCGCACUGUUUUACAGGCCGCCCUUCGGGAGAGCUGGAAGAAACGGCGGGGCGCCGCCGCUGGAGAUCGACGCGCAUCCUUCUUCCUCGGCGUCGGCGGCUGCUGCGUCCUCGUCCUCAUCGCCUACGGAGAGCGCUGUGCAAAUCAGGGCGAAGAGAACAUGCUAUGCCUCUGCCUCAUCUGGGCUACGUGGAUGGGCCGAGCUCCCGGACGACUAGCUUCAACCCAUCAUCGCUCUCCUCAGCUCGUUCCGCGACCUCCUCGCCGUUGGUUCCACCUGUCGUCCCUGGCGUGAUUUCUCAGCGCACACGUCCUCUUUGUAGCCUCUCCUCCUCCACCCGAGCACUGACAUCCAACGGUAUCCCUGGUAUGACUAUGACUACUGGACCCUUUUCCACGAAUGCACGUGGAGAUUGGCUGAUCCUGCUGCUGCCUCAUCCUAUCCCAGUUUGCUUUCCUUGAGUGACCUCAGAAGCAUGUUCUUUCUUCGCUGCUCCUACGGCCACCUCAUCUUCUGUGACGAUGAUGGGUUCUACAUUGUUAAUGCGUUCAGCGGCGCUAAGGUUGUGCCUCCUUGCCUUAAGUCAGACAACUUCAUUCGCACCAGCUAUGUCACCUUGACUGCCCCUGUUGCAUCCGCUGACUCGCAUCUCCUCGUCGGCAGCGGAGGUUAUCUGUUUCAGUGGCGCAUCGGGAGCGACUCUUGGUUGGAACACUAUCCGAAAGUUCCUUUUCUUAGGAUUGAACAAAUCAUAGCCUUCAAGGGCAAAACAUACACCCUAGGGUCUUUCGGGUCCUUCUGCAUUGUACAAUUUUCGCCCAGUCUCUUGAUUCAGAAGUUUGAAGUUGUGUUCGAGGAAGAUAGAACUGAAGAUCGCUAUUGGACAAAUCAAAAAACAUGGCUUGUGGUGUGGGACGUGCUUCUCUUAAUCAAACUUGAGGCAGCAGGAAGGAUAAGCCCGGAGGCAUUCCACUUCAAGGCCUUCAAGCUCGAGUCGCUGGACGCCAGGAAGAAGAAGGCAAGGUGGGUGAAGGUGGACAGGUUGAAUAACUGGGCCAUCUUUGUCAGCGCCAACGGGCGAUGCGAGGCGUUGUCGUUCAUGAACCCGGAGAGAUGGGGAGGGAGGAGCAACCACAUAUACUUCCCAAGUUAUCAGUCUGAACAACCUUGGGCUGCAGCGCAACUAUGGCAGAGAGCUAACAACCAUUCGACAAGUUCGUGGCUCUUGAAAACUGGAAGCCAGUAACACAGAUUGGUGCCAACCUGGGUCCUUCCCGCUGCAUUUCGUCGCUCUGGUCAGCAAUGAUCUUACGGCCAUUGCAGGUGCGGUUGGUGAUUGUCCUCUGAUACAGCUUUCGUGGGAGAGUUCUACCUUGCUUGCAGUUACAUGAUGAGUAUUUUUACUGAAUGUUCUUAACUUUUUUCUAAAGUUGCAUUGCAAACAGAAGCUUUCGCUGUAGGGUUAUUUGAUUCUGCUUUUUUUGUGGGAUUAUAAGGGACCUUAUGUUCUAUUUCUCACCUACUACAAAUUAUGGAGUUUACUUGUACUUGGGCCACUUGAUAACUUGGGUUAUACUACACACCUAAGGUGAUCUAGGUCUGACCCCAAAAUGCAAGUUCCUAAUACCUACUCGCUAGCAUAUGUGCAGUGCUCAUUAUUCAUCAAGUUAUAAGCUUGCUGCUGUUCUUCAUCUUUUCAUGUUGGAUAAACUUGUGCUGUCUUUAUUUAGUGCUUGGCAGAGCUUUUUCACUGCCAUGGCAGCUGUUUUGCUGUGAAUAAGUGUGCCAUGGCAAAGGUUUGCAUACUCACUGCACAUGUGCAUAAUUAGCUGGUUAGGCGUCUUUCUCAUCGUGUU